AUGAAUAGCUUUCUCCUUGUUCCUUGUAGCGUCAGAAUGGGGAACAUUCUGAAUCUCAUGCCUGGAAAUGGAAUAACUACACUGGAACACCACGAUCGGAAGCGAUGCCGCCAAGGUAGAAUAGCAGAUGAAGCAUUCGAACCGUGCUGCAUUAUGGUUCUCAGGGCUAUAUCAUACCAGGCUGGAUGUAAGGCAGUCCAUCAAAAGAGGAUUGCAGACGGCCGAUUCGAACUAUUGAGCAUUCUGAUUUGCAGAGCAAUGUCACUGCACACUCGUCCCAGACCGGUCUGUGACAAGGGGGCGCAAAAUGAUCAACAUAGACUGCGCAGCGUUCUGGCUUGUGGAGUUAUAUCUGACUACAUCAUCUGUCACGAGUUAUUAAACUCUGAAAAGGGGAUAUCAAGUGAUCCGUUUGAGAGCCUUCCAGAGGACGUGCUAUGCACAAUUUUAUCCAAGUUGCCUCUGAAUGAUGCUGUAAGGACCAGUGCCGUGUCAAGGAAGUGGAGAUUCUUGUGGACAGUUUGUCCAAACCUGAGUUUUGAAGGAAUUACAAUGUGUGGCAAGAGUACUUGUGGGAAAGAACAAGAUGUUCAGAAGUUCAUCGAUAAUGUUAAUGCAGUCUUGGCACAGUGCCAUGGCCGGGUUGUUGACGAGCUUGCCAUUUUGGUGCAGGGCAUGGCAUCCAUCAAAUUUGAUUUUGACACCAUGCUGGUUGACCAUCUCAAUAACUGGGUUCGCUUUGUGCUAUCCUCAUCACAGAUAGAGUUCUUAACUUUUGAUUUGGCACCAGAACGUUUUGGAGGUCGUUAUGAUCGGUACUUGUUUCCGUUCCAACUUUUGGACAGUGGAAGUAUAUCCCGUCUACAGAAAAUCCAUCUUAGCUUUGGAUAUCUCCGGCCACCAACCGGGUUCAGUGGUUUCCCUAACCUACGGAAGCUUGAUCUGAACUUAGUGAAUGUCAGUGGAAAAGAUCUUCAAGACAUGUUGUCAAAUUGCUCUAACCUAGAGUGGUUAAGUAUUGUUAGAUGUCAUCUCUACGAUGAACUAAAGGUUAAUGGUCCACUGCCUCACCUGCUACACUUGCAUUUUUCAUUCUGCGAGAUAACGAAGAUUGCAUUGCAUGCCGUGAAACUCACAAAUUUUGUAUACAAGGGGAAGUCAGUAUGUAUUGACCUCGGCAAAUCUUCAAGGCUCGAAAGUGCAGAUGUUAGUUUUUAUGGAGUGACUCUUGAGGACGCUACCACCCAACUUGCUAAUGUGUUUACACAUGCUCAAAAUCUGAUUUUUGAUACUUGUUGCGAACCACCACAGAUGCCCUGCCUGAUGCAUAACCCAUGCAAGUUUUCCCAGCUGAGGCAUUUAAAACUGAUGCUGCUAUUUGAAAACGAUGUUGACACUCCGCAUUUGGCCUCCUUUCUGACAUCCGCUCCUUUCCUCGAAACACUAGAGAUGGAUUUUAUUGUUUCUCCUUCCCUAUACACGGGACACGUGCCUAUGAAGGGACUUCUGGAGGGUCCAUAUAAAUAUCUGAAGAAUGUGUGCAUGACAGCAUUCCGAGGAUCCAGAGGCCAGCUUGAAUUUCUUUUGCACAUCGUGGGAAAUGCCCCUGCUUUGGUAUUUUUACUAUUGACCAUUCGUAUAAACAGGUGA